AUGAACACCGUCAAGUCUUUCUGGCUCGGUUGGGGCUCUCUCUGCGCCGCCGGAGGUGGUGCCUACUACUUCGCCAAGAAGCAGAUCAACGCCGAUCGUCAGGCCAAGAUGGAGGCCCAGCGCCAGAAGAUGCGCAACAUCGAGCAGCUCGAGUACUCGCAGGGACUGUCGUCCUCUGCGACCACGAACGGCAGCCCUGCCCGCACCGACAGCACCGGCUCGCCCAGCCAGGAAGCUAGCAACGAUCCCGCACCGACGAGACACGCCCCCGCGACCGAGUCGGAACGCGUUGGGGAGAAGAGUAAAUACGAGAGUAACACAGUAUACCGGAGUCCAAAGGGAGACCGGUUCUCGUAG